AAAGAGAAGCUACAGAGAGAUCUAAUUCUCUUGUUAUGGAUUUCAUCACUCUGUUUUUUCUUUUCUCUGCAUUUUUCACUGCUUCAGCUCAACAAAUUCAGUCUAAUGUGAGCCGAGGCUCUUCUCUGACACCCACCACAAUCUCUAUGUGGUUGUCACGUUCUGGUUUCUACGCCUUUGGAUUUUACAAGCAAGGCAAUGGCUACGCUGUUGGAAUUUUUAUUCAUGGAAUUCCGGAGAAGACUGUUGUCUGGACUGCAAACCGUGAUGACCCACCUGUCUCAAGCGAUGCUACCUUGCUUUUCGCAAGCGAUGGCAGGCUUGUCCUUCAAAUGAGACAAGAGCAGGUAGCCGUCGUAGCUGAAUCUUCUGGAUCUGCUUCCGCUUCCAUGCUUGAUUCAGGCAAUUUUGUGAUCUAUAAUUCCAAUCAAGUAAUAAUAUGGCAGAGUUUUGAGCAUCCGACGGAUACUCUUUUACCCAGUCAACGUCUCUUAGCAGGUGAUGAGCUGAUUUCUAGUAUUUCAGACACUCAACACUCUACGGGAAUCUUCCUUCUGGCAAUGCAACGUGAUGGAAACCUUGUUCAGUACCCGGUGGAUGAUAUAUCUAUACCAACUGCUUACUUUGCAACUAGUGCAGGUGGCUUGGGAGAUAACGUGACGCUAAACUUGGAUGCUGAUGGCCAUCUCUACUUGCUAAACGCUACUGGUGUCAACAUUGGGAAUCUAACGGGUGGAGGAUUUCCUGCAGAAGAUACUAUUUAUCUCAUGAGACUUGAUGCUGAUGGGAUUUUCCGGAUAUACUCGCAUCAUCUGAGACAGAAGGGAAACUGGUCAAUUGUAUGGUCAUCAUCAUAUGAUGUGUGCAAUCCUAAGGGUCUUUGUGGAUUAAAUGGUUUUUGUGUUUUAAAUGAUCAAAAGGCUGACUGUGUAUGCCUUCCGGGAUUCGAAAUGGUACAACAGGGCAACCGGACUGCUGGCUGCGAGAGGAAUUUCAUUGCAGAAAGUUGCAAAAACAAAAAUGGAGAUAUUACAUACAAUAUGCAAGAAGUGGCAAACACCGUAUGGGAAGAUGUUUCAUAUUCUGUUUUGACGGUGCCAUACAAAGAUUCUUGCGCACAAGCCUGUUUAGACGACUGUAACUGUGAAGCUGUGCUAUUCAAAGACAAGACCUGCCGAAAACAGAGGCUUCCAUUGAGAUAUGGGAGAAGGCAACUGAAUGAUUCAAACAUAGCUUUCAUCAAGGUAAGUGUGUCUAAAACUACAAUUCCAAAUGAUAAUAUGCCGAAAGAAAAGAAGAAAGAGCUUCGAUUGGAGAUCCUAAUUAUUGGUGCUUCAUUUGUUGCUUUCGGAUGCAUGAUGUUGGUAAUUUCAGGAAUUGUUUUUUACAAAAAUCAUUUUCGGUACAGAAAACUCUCUUGUGAUGGAACUGUUGAACUUGGUGACGAUUUUGCUCCACGAUCAUUCACUUAUUCAGAACUUGAGGAAGUGACAGAUGGUUUUAAAGAAGAGGUCGGUAGAGGAUCAUUUGGGGCAGUUUUUAAAGGGACAGUGCCAAAUGGCCAGAACGUUGUUGCUGUCAAAAGGCUAGAGAAAGUGUUGGCUGAAGGGGAAAGAGAGUUUCAGACUGAGAUGAAAGUUAUUGGGAGAACGCAUCACAGAAACCUUGUUCGUCUGCUCGGGUAUUGCCAUGACAGAAUUCAUAGGCUUUUGGUUUAUGAGUUCAUGAGCAAUGGGUCACUUGCAGAUGUUCUCUUCACACCAGAAAAACAGCCUUGUUGGGAUGAAAGAAUGGGAAUUGCUCGUAAUGUAGCAAAAGGAAUUCUUUAUCUGCAUGAAGAGUGUCAGCAACAGAUCAUUCAUUGUGACAUAAAACCUCAGAACAUCCUCAUGGAUGACCAUAGGUGCGCAAAAAUAUCUGACUUUGGAUUAGCAAAGUUGCUGAAGCAAGACCAAACAAAAACCUUUACCGGAAUCAGAGGGACAAGGGGAUAUGUUGCACCAGAGUGGCAUCGGAAACUGCCUAUCACAACGAAAGCAGAUGUUUACAGUUAUGGAGUUGUGCUCUUGGAGAUCAUAUGUUGUCGAAAGUGUGUGGAUUGGAAUCUACCCAAGGAAGAAGCUAUUCUUGAAGAAUGGGUUUACCAUUGUUUUGAAGCGGGCGACCUAGCUAAAUUACUUGGAGAUGAAGAGGCUGGCAAGAAGCAAGUGGAGAGAAUGGUGAAACUAGGACUUUGGUGCAUUCAGGAUGAGCCAUCACUCCGGCCCUCAAUGAAGAAAGUUCUACUUAUGUUGGAAGGAACGAUUGAUAUUCCAAUCCCUCCCGGCCCCGAUUGCUUUUUAAGUGCGAUAUAGACUUUUAAGUAAUUGAGCGUUGUAAUUUGUAUAACCAAGUUGUUAAGUUUCUGUAAGCUUUAAAUUCAUGUAGUGAUGCGUGCGUAUCAUCUCGUCAAUGCUCUAUUUUUUUGGUUGUGUAUUCUCUGGUUGUAUAGUAUUUUACUUGAGCUGCUGGAUUAUGCAGCAGAGUUCCA